CCGCUGCCUGCCCCCCAGCCAGCCCCCACCCCAGGGCAGGGCUCCAGUGUCCAGGCCGCCGAGGCCGAAAACCACUCCCGAUCCGUCGCUCUCACGGCGCAAAAGGCCACUACGAGCGCGAGCGUACGGGACGAGGCGCGACGGAGAGAGAGAGAGAGAGAGAGAGAGCGAAGAGGAGUCGGCAGGAAGCAACCGCUUGUCUGCGGAACCGCAGCGCCGAAAAUUUCGGGAUUCUUUUUCCUUCAUUUUUUGAAGUAUAUUGGUGCUCGCUCGAGCUUCCAUCGAGGCUGAUCGGCGAGGGCAGGCACCCUAUCGCCUUCUUCCGGAGCGUGGCCGAUGGAGCCGUACGCCGUGGAGACGAGCGGCGGCGGGGGCGACCGCCCCGAACCCGGUACCGGACUCGAAGAGUCGAUGCGGAGGCUGGGGCUCGGCGGGGAGGAGGAGGCGUCGGCAAAGCUGCCGGAGCGGCCGGGGGAGGCGGACUGCGCCUACUACCUCCGCACGGGCGCCUGCGGCUACGGGGAGCGCUGCCGCUACAACCAUCCACGCGAUCGCGCCGCUGCGGUUCAUGGAGUUGGAAGGACCACAAGUACGGUGGAAUACCCAGAGCGACCGGGGCAGCCACUCUGUGAGUACUAUGUGAAGAAUGGGACUUGUAAGUUUGGCUCCAAUUGCAAAUAUGAUCAUCCCAAAGAAGGUGGUUUUGCACCUGUGGUACUAAAUAGCAGUGGAUACCCUCUACGUUCGGGUGAAAAAGAAUGUUCCUAUUACAUAAAAACUGGGCAUUGCAAGUUUGGAGCUACAUGUAAAUUCCAUCACCCAGAAUAUGUUGUUUCGGAGACGCCUAGCAUGCAACCAUCAACUAUUUCUUCCCCUCAUCCAUAUCCACAUCUUGCCAAUUGGCAAAUGGGGAGGCCUCCUGUUGUGCCAGGGUCAUUUUUACCAGGCUCGUAUCCACCAAUGAUGCUCCCAUCUACAGUUAUGCCAAUGCAGGGAUGGAACCCUUAUAUUUCACCAAUGAACCAAGUUACACCAGCUGGGGGACAGCAAACUAUUCAAGCAGGGUCACCGUAUGGCUUAUCGCACCAUGGGCCUACGUCUGUAGUCACUUAUGGCAGUCAUUAUGCGCCAUUGUAUUCUUUAGCUGGGCCUUCAAGCAGCAACAAACAAGAAUAUGGCUUUCCAGAGCGGCCAGGGCAGCCUGAAUGCGAACAUUACAUGAAGACAGGAACCUGUAAAUUUGGAGCGACAUGUAAAUAUCAUCAUCCCCACUUCAGUGCAACGAUGUCUAACUGCAUGCUGAGCCUUCUAGGUCUUCCACUUCGGCCUGGUUCUCAGCCUUGUGCUUACUUUGCACAGAACGGCUUUUGCAAAUUUGGGCCGACAUGCAAGUUUGAUCACCCGAUGGGUACUCUAAACUAUAGUCCUUCAGUGUCAUCGCUUACUGAUGUGCCAGUUGCUCCAUAUCCUAUCAAUUUCCCUGUUGCUCCUAUGGCUCCAUCUCCAUCAUCUUCUGAUCUGCAGCCACAAUACACUCUGACCAUGGAGUCCUCAGCUAACCAGCCAGCGGUGCCUGGAACUACAUAUGGACCUAUUGGAUCGAUAUCAAAGGUUUCUGCUCCACACACGCUUAUCCGAUCUCCAACUUCUACCGCUGCUGGCAUGCAAGCAGUAACAAGCCACAGUGGAGAGAUCUAGUCCCCUUUCUGUUAUGAAGAUGGAUCUUCAUCAAGCUUCCCAGGAUUUUUUUGCCAUUGGUGAAACGAGGUCUCAUUCGUUUUUGCUCCAAUUUGACUCUCACAUCAGAUCUAUCUUCUCUUACUCUCAGAAUCAGUUUACUUAGACCCCCUAUCAAUUGUGAAUUAGGCUGCAGCUGACACAAAAAAGGCAUGACCAAGGAGGGGUAACCUUUGCCACCUCGAUAAAUUCAAAGAUAGAAAUUGGCAAGCUCACUCACUCGCAUUUUUCUGUUCAUCUCUGAAACGAGAGAAGGGAGAGAAUUCUGAAAUUUAAAUUAGCCGGCUAUCUUCAUUGCAGUAUGAUUCCAAGGACUUUUAUUAUCUCGUACAUAAUUACCGGAGCAGGCCACUAGAUGCACCGUUACAGGGGACUUUCAUAUCUGAAAACUAAUGGGUUUUGCAGCUCUUGCUCAAAAAUCUUUUGUUUAUCUCAUCAUCUUAUAUAUAUGUAUAUCCCCGGGAACAGCACCUAUAUAUGACUUGCGCUAUAUGUAUAUUCAUACUGAGAACAAGGGACAUUGUAACGGAACACUUGGAACCCUCAAUUGAAUCAUCUGAAACUAUUCGCUGA